CUCUCUGUGUCUCUGCUCCUGUGGUGGAUGAAGAAUCCUGAAGUGACUCACAGUCAGGACAAAGAGGCGGAGCCUGAAGACAGCACAGCAAUGGAGGUGGCAGCGCUUGGUCGGCCGUUUAGUCUGGGGAUGCUUUACGACUGUCGCAAGGAUUUCCUCGUCCCAGGAAAGACACUGUGGAACAUCAGCGACCUGGAAAAAGACACACGAGCCAGAGAAAAACCCAGCAGUGAAUUUGAGAUUGUUGCAUCUGAAUCGAUCGAGGACAAAUCUUCAUCUCUGAAGGUUGACGCUUCUCUGAAGGCCAGUUUCUUGGGUGGACUGGUAGAAGUGAAUGGAUCGGCCAAAUACUUGAAUGAUCAGAGGACGUCCAAAAAGCUGGCCAGGGUCACUCUGAAGUAUGAAACCACCACAAUGUUCGAGGAACUGUCGAUGAGUCAUCUCAGUAGAGGCAACGUGAAGUUCCCGUACGUGUUUGAUGAACAAAUAGCCACACAUGUGGUCACAGCUAUUCUCUAUGGAGCACAAGCCUUCUUUGUGUUUGACCGCGAGGUGUCGGAAAAGGAAGAUCAUCAAGACAUCCAGGGGAACCUGAAAGUGAUGAUCAAGAGGAUCCCAUGCCUUGCUAUCGAGGGCGAAGGUUCUCUAAAAAUGGAAGAUAAAGACAAGGCCUAUGUUGACAAAUUCUCCUGUAAGUUUUACGGAGACUUUUCUCUCCGUAACAAUCCUGUGUCUUUCCAGGACGCCGUUAACGUCUACCAAAGCCUGCCGACAUUGCUGGGACCCAACAGAGAAAAAGUCGUACCACUGAAGGUCUGGUUGUUGCCUCUGACAAAUUUAGAUUCUUCUGCUGCAAAGAUUGUCCGUCAGAUAAGUGUAGGGUUAGUUCAGGAAGCACAGAGUGUCCUGGAGGACUUCAGCGAGAUUGAAAUGAGGUGCAACGAUGCAAUGAGGUCAACAACCGCACAGCAGUUCCCACAGAUCGGCAAAAAACUUAGAAGUUUUAAAGAAAUGUGUACAGUGUUCAAGCUGGAUUUCCAGCGAACCCUAUCGGAGAAACUUCCAUCAAUACGAGGAGGAGGCGAAGAGGAGUCGGUGCUCACAGAGGUUCUGAUGAAGAGACACUCUUCUCCGUUCAACAGCAAAAACCUGGAUGAGUGGAUGAACUGCAAAGAGAGGGAAAUCAGCAUUUUAAAAUCUUUUACCAACAUUUUGAAAAACACAGAGAUUGUUUCAUCUCAGAGCAAACUUCAUGAGGCAAUUCUCCGUGCAGAAAACACGGUGUGUUUAGUUUUCACCUCUCUGGAAAGUGUUGAACCGUAUCUCUCAGCUUUGUCAAACUACAACCAAAAAAACACCAAACUCGACAACCACCAAGAUCCACUUACCUACGAUGUGGAGAAGGAGCAAUGGUACCUUUCAGACGGAGUCUUAGAUACCAUGAGGAAGAAAGUAAAGCUUGUCAGUGACUUUGCUGAAGCCAACAAGGAGAACAAGAACAUUAAGUUCCUGACAGUGGGUUUGACAAAUAAGAACCUGAAAGGUUCCAGCAUCUACCUUUAUAAAGAUGGUUCUCCUGAAGACGAGAACUUCCAACCACCUUCAAAACCUGAAACUGUGAGAGUGAGUGACAUAAACCACAACAGUGUGACGCUGAAGAUCUCUCCACCCAGAUUUGGAGCAGAGAACAUCACCUCCUACUCUGUGGAUUGUUGUGUCGGUGGAGAGGAUGGAUGGAAACGAAAGAUGGCACCAAAGGCUGAGGAGGUCACAGUGAGCGAUCUGAGUCCCAACACCGACUAUGUGCUCAGAUGUAGAGCAGUCACCUCAGUAGGUAUCGGGCCGGUCAGUGAGGUAACUGGUUCUGUUAAGACGUUGCCCUGCAGUCCACCUGGAAAACCUCAAGUUGACCCAAACUCCAGUGAGAUAUCAGUGAGCUGGCAGAAACCUGCAGAGCUCGGACAAGACGUGCAGGUUCUGAGCUACAUCGUAGAAUACGCCCAAAAAGAAGAUCUCCAGUGGAACCACACGUGGUCAGGAGCUGAGAAGGCAAUCAUUUCAGGGCUUCAGUCCGAGACAGAGUAUGUUGUUAGGGUCAUAUGUGACUGUGGUGGAGAUGGCAGAAGCAAAGAAAGCAUCCCUGUUAAUGUCUGCACAACAAUGCGCAAAUUUGAUCGCCUCGCGGAAUACCUCAAACACAAAAGCAAGAUCUUGGAGUCCAACUCUCCCUCUCUUUACAAACUGCCACUGACAGAGGAAGACAUGGACAUAGAGGGAUGCCGAAGAUUUAACUUUGGCAAAGAAACCAUGAGGCAGAAUCGUACCAUCAUGCUCCUGGGAGCGACCGGAUCAGGAAAAUCCACACUCAUCAAUGGAAUCAUCAACUACAUUGUUGGUGUAGAGUGGAAGGAUGAUUUCAGAUUUAAAUUGGUUGUCGAGGAUCAGUCCAGAUCACAGGCUGAAAGUCAGACCUCUGAAGUCUCAGUCUACAAAGUGAACUAUCAAGAGGGUUUUAAGAUCCCGUAUUCUCUGACCAUGGUGGACACUCCAGGUUUUGGAGACACAAGAGGAAUAGGACGAGACAAGGACAUAACAGAACAAGUCAGGAAGCUCUUCACCUCGGGUGAGGGAGUCAAAGAGAUCGACGCCGUGUGUUUCGUUACUCAGGCCUCUCUUGCAAGACUGACGGCAACACAGCGCUACGUGUUCGACUCUGUGCUCUCCAUUUUUGGCAAAGAUGUGGCAGAGAACAUUGAGAUGCUGGUGACUUUCGCAGAUGGAAAGCAGCCGCCAGUUCUAGAAGCAAUCAACAUCUCUGGACUGCCCUGUCCCAAAAAUGACUUGGGGCUUCCAGUUCACUUCAAGUUCAACAACUCUGCACUUUUUGCAGACAACAGGUGCCUCAGAGGCGAGACCUGUGAUGAAGACUCGGACGAUGACAACUUUGACGAAAUGUUUUGGAAAAUGGGAGCCAAAAGUAUGGAACGGUUCUUCACUGCUUUGGGCAAAAUAACAACCAGAAGCUUGCAAAUGACCCAAGAGGUUCUGAAAGAGCGAAAGCGGCUGGAAACGGCGGUUGAAGGUCUACAGCCACAAGUGAAAGCCGGACUAGCAAAACUCGAGCAAAUCAGGACGACCAAAGAAAAGAUCAAAGACCAGGAAACAAUAAUGAGCUCAAAUGAAAAUUUUCAGAUUGAGGUGGAAAUGAUCAAACCAGUCAAAGAAGAACUGACCAAGAGCGGAGAGUUCAUCACCAACUGUCAGAAGUGUUCAAUAACAUGUCACUACCCAUGCGGCAUAGCAGAGGAUUCUAAAAAAGAUCGCUGUACCGCGAUAGAUCAGACUGGGAUGUGCAUGGUCUGCCCCGGAAAAUGCAUUUGGAGCGUUCACUUCAACCAGAGGUACAGGUGGGAGUACGUUAAAGUGACGGAGAAGAAGACACUGAAGGAGCUCAAAGAGAAGUACGAGCAAGCGUCGCAUGAAAAGAUAACCACUCAGAAACUGAUCGAGAGGCAAGAGGAAGAGAUCGUCGGCCUCCAAGACAUGAUUUUAGCACUCGUUGAACAGUCGGCUUCCUCCAUAAAUCGUCUUCAAGAGAUUGCACUGAAGCCCAACCCCCUGACCAUCCCGGAGUACAUCGACAUGCUGAUUGAUGGAGAAAUGACCGAGGCCAAGGAAGGUUACCAGGCUCGAGUCCACUCUCUGGAGUCCAUGAGGGAAAGGGCAGAGAUCAUCUCCAAGGUGGCCAAAGGAGAGCAGCUGAACAAAAGCGAUGAGCAGUUGUCUCGGGAGCGGCAACAGAGGAAAGAAAAGGUCGGCUUCUUUAAGAAAAUGGGAAACUAUUUGGGAUUUUCUUAGGAAAAAUCUGCACAAGCAGCUGCUACAGUGAUGACCAGUACCAUUUGAAAUACUGCUGACUCAUGCUAACAUUUAGAUUUAAUAUUAGAUGUGUGUCAAUAAUUUCUAAACACUUAAGCCACAAAUGCAAAUAAAAUAUCUAUUUAAUCAUUGAAAAGAAAUGAAAAUACACUUUGUUUGCAAAGAUAGGAAUUUUGUUUGCUCCGCCCUUUGCCUUUGCGCUCCCUGAGUUUUCUCUGUCGCAAUCCAAAACUCAGUAGCCAAUCAGCAGGCAGCUUUCCAAGCCACGAUCAGAAUCACAAACAGAAAAGCAUGGCACAAAGAAAGAGUGAGGGAGUGCAAACGCUUUAUCCUGUUUGCAAUAUCAUUCUGAUAAUUUGAGCAGAAAAAUUAGGAAGUUUAAUGAUUGAUGAAGUCAUGAUUUUAUUUUUCUUUUAUUCUACCACUACGUGCUAACACUAGCAUUGUUCGGUUAGCAUUGCAGGAAAAUCCCAAACUUCUUGGGUUUGGUUUGUAAUUUUAUCAUCUUUUUUUUUUUUAAAUGAUAGAAAAUCCACACGUUUGUGAAGUUUGAAAAAAUCUCUUGUUUGUUUUUAUUAUUUUUUUCUCUCAACAUUUGAAUAAGUCUUACAAUCUUGAAGUCAUAAAUAAAUUUAUUCCACUUUUU